AUGGAUAUAAAAGCUUCGGAUUGUAGGAGAUCAAUGGCGCAAUUUCACAACCACGAACUUGAAUAUAUAGUUGAUGACUACUAUGACACUACCGAUUUCGCUGAUAACCCUUUUGAAGACGAUGAAUCGCCACGCAGCGGUGGUGUUGAUGACUCUUUGGACUCGUACUUUGAGGAUGACUUCGAACUGGUAAUUUGGAUGAUGUUAUUACCCUAUUUGCUCUAA